AUGGCGCAAAAGAGGAAGGCACAGGAUGCCUUUGGGCAGAGUAACGGCCAACUCAGUGCUUUUGCCGCAGCCCGGCUCGCAAAACAAGCAAAAGCUGCUGCACCGGCAUCAUCGCUAGCAAGCCACGCCCAACAGCGGCGAGAAGAAAUUGAGCAGCAACUUAAUGCUACAGCAUUAGCUUCUGUACCAUAUGAUGGUCAUCACGAUCUUGCUUCGGCCGACUCCGAGCCAGAAGAAGCCGAAGUCACCAUAUCUGUCACAACGAAACCAGCCGUAACGCUAUCACCAUCCACGACUUUCACCAGCGGUGGGAAGAUCGAUGAGCUAAUUGAUGGAUCCAUCGAAGCAACUCUCCGCAACAAUCACAGUAUCGUGUGUGUCGGCGAGUACGACCUAGAGGUGCAGAAGGGCCUUGUCACAGUAUACGGCGCCACACUCCAUCCAGAUUCGGGAACUCAACGAAUAUAUGCCCCAAGCACGCAUGCACUGCCUCGUAUCAUUGCUAGAAGGAAUGGGACUAAGCUUCGUGUAUCUCAUGUCAAGUCAACAAUCGCAAAGUUGGCCAAGCUAUCUCCGCUCUUCAGGAACAUAUGGACGAAGAAUGAUCAGCUAAACCAGUCGUUCAGAUUGUUGCGAUCUGCUGCCGGCGACGAGCUACAGCGUAGCUUGACAACUUUAGAGAUCGAUAAGUCGACCGAGACGGCUAUAUCUCGCUUGACCAAUGAUGCUCAAUCAACGGCUCGUUUGGUCCGCAUCAUGGCCAUCGGAGCGAAGUCCUCCGGCAAGUCAACGUUUAAUCGCAUUCUCUGCAAUGCGCUCAGCACAAAGCAAUCGGCACGGAAAGUCCUAUACCUAGAUCUAGAUCCUGGUCAACCUGAGUUCGGACCUCCUGGCCAGGUUUCACUCGUCGAGGUCUCGGCGCCUAUGUGGGGUCCAUCCUUCACACACACAGCAAGUGCUGAACAGACACAUUACAAAUUCCUGCGGUCACAUACUCUGGCCGCGACAAGUUUCAAGGAUGACGCAGAGCAUUAUGUAGCUUGUGCCAAAGAGCUCAUCCGGCAUGCGGACCGCCGACAAACAAUCAUUGUGAACGCCUGCGGCUGGGUGAGUGGGCUAGGAGCCAGCGUGACGAGGGAGCUGGCAGACGUGCUCAGUAUCAGCCAUAUUGCUUUACUCGAGCCUUUGGAUACGAGUCUUGUGGAGUCACUGCAUGGCGCUUGCCCUGAUGCUAGCUUUCUCUCCUUGACCAGACAAUCCGUAAGGCCGUCCUCGAGAACCCCGGCUGAGCUACGAUCUAUGCAGACGAUGGCAUACUUCCAUGCUAGACCUGACCAUCCUGCUGAGCACACUCGAUGGUCAAGCAAGGUUAUAUCGACAUGGCGACCAUGGAUUGUACAAUACGAUGGCCCCGAUGCGCCUCUGAGAGCCAUCGUAUCCUGUGGCCAGCAACCCCAUCCCGACUUCCUUGCAGAAGUGCUCGAUGGCUCCCUCGUCGCGCUUGUGCAAGUCGAGACCAGUCUGAACGGUGACACGCUAUCGUGGACUCAGACCAAUGCAAGAGAGACUGCAGAAGGGGUAGCUAUUCAACGCACAAUGGGAGGACUGCCUUAUCUGCCACCGAGACCAUCAGGAACGAGUUUGACCCUAGAUCCGCACAACAGCUCAUGUCUAGGUCUCACUCUGGUGCGCGGCAUAGAUGCCUCGCAGCGCACUCUCCACCUCCUCACACCGCUGGCAGACCACACUAUGGCUUCGCUAUUGGAUAGUAAGCAGCUCGUGCUCGUGGGCGGAAGCUUUGAUCCGCCCGAGUGGGCGUUGCUGGAGGAUGUGUACGCCGGCGAGGGGAAUGCAAAGGGAGAUGCAAGUCUACAGGACAGACCGUGGGUCAGUAGACGAGAACGAGUGGGUAUUGAGGGAGCGGUGUGGCGGCUGCGACAUCCGCCUAUGGCUGGAGAUGUACGAUAG